AUGGAUGCCCACAAACAACCUAAUCUUGAGACCACUCACAACCACCACCACCUCAUUCGCCGUAACCGUAACCCUACUGUAUCAUCAACAUCUUCUCAAGAUCUCAAGAGAACCCAUGAAGAGUUCAUCAAGAAUCUUGAAGGAGCUUGCGAUGACAACCAUAAAGUGAUCACAAAAACUUCUUUGUUGGCGGCCGAAGAAGAAGGUAAUCACAAGGCGGAGAGAAGUAUAGCGUUAUGUCAGCCAGAAGCGUCAAUGGUGGUGGAGGAGGAGAGUGGAAGAGAAAGACUAAAGAGACAUCGGGUCGAGAUGUCGGGUCGGGUGUGGAUACCGGACAUAUGGGGGCAAGAGGAUCUGCUGAAGAAAUGGAUAGAUUGCACAGUGUUCGAUUCGUCUCUAGAGAAGAAUAGCGUUAUGUCAGCCAGGGAAGCUCUGAUUCAAGAAGGAAGAUCGACUCUAAGGAUAGAGAAUAGUUGUUAA